AUGCUUCCGGGUUUACUCGUGGAGAUCCCUCGUGUUUACGACCAUGUCACCGAGCAUCUCGAGGCCUCGAACUUAACUUAUCAUUUCAAAGGCCCGUGUUUCGCCGGCAUGGACAUGCUGGUCACCGUUGAUCCGGCCAAUAUUCAUCACAUCCUGAUUACAAACUUCGCCAACUACCCUAAAGGAUCCGAGUUCAAGGAGAUAUUCGAUGUUUUGGGAGAUGGGAUUUUCAAUGCGGAUUCUGAUCUAUGGAAUGAUCUGAGGAGAUCAGCUCAAAGCAUGAUGACUCAUCAGGAGUUUCAAAGGUUCACGCUAAGAACAAGCAUGAGCAAGGUAGAGAAUGGUCUUGUCCCACUUCUUGAUCAUGUUGCUGAAAAGAAACUAGUCGUUGACUUACAAGAUGUGUUCCAAAGAUUCACGCUCGACACUACGUUUCUUUUAACGACCGGGACUGAUCUAGGUUGUCUCUCGAUUGAGAUGCCGGAAAUCGAGUUUUCUAAAGCUUCAGACGACGCAGAGGAAGCUGUUUUCUUCAGACAUGUCAAGCCGAAGAUGGUUUGGAAAAUGCAAAGAUUUCUUGGUCUUGGAGUUGAGUUGAAGAUGAAAAGAGCUCACUCGAUUUUCGAUCGAGUUUGCUCCGAGUGCAUAGCGUCUAAGAGAGAUCAAAUAUCUCGUGGAGACUCUUCUUCUGAAGAUUUGUUGACGUCUUACAUGAAUAUUGACACGACCAAAUACAAGCUGUUGUGUCCGAGUGAUGACAGAUUCCUUAGAGACAUGAUCUUAAGCUUCAUGUUAGCAGGCAGAGACACUACAAGCUCUGCUCUCGCUUGGUUCUUUUGGCUUCUCUCCAAGAACCCUGACGCAACCACCAAGAUCCGUCAAGAAAUCAACGCAAGACUAUCUCCAAGAACGAGUGGUUCUGAUUCUGAUUCACUCGAUCCUCAAGAGUUAAACAAGUUGGUAUAUUUGCAUGGCGCGUUGUGUGAAGCCCUAAGGCUAUAUCCGCCGGUUCCUUUUCAGCACAAGUCUCCUUCAAAACCGGACGUUCUUCCAAGCGGACACAGAGUGGAUUCUAGUUCCAAGAUUGUGAUUUGUCUUUACUCAUUAGGGAGAAUGAAAUCGGUUUGGGGAGAAGAUGCGUCGGAAUUUAAACCGGAGAGAUGGAUUUCGGAGAGUGGUAGGUUGAUACACGUGCCACCUUCUAAGUUCGCAUCGUUCAACGCCGGUCCAAGGUUUUGUUUGGGGAAAGAAGUGGCUAUGACGCAGAUGAAGACAGCGGCUGUGACAAUCAUACAAAACUAUGAGGUAAAGGUCGUUGAAGGACACAAGAUCGAGCCAGUUCCGUCUGUUGUUCUUCACAUGAAGCAUGGUCUCAGAGUAACAGUCACUAAAAGAUAUAAUAGCUUCUGA